CAUCGGAGAACUGUUGCCUUAAACUAAUUAUAGUUUAAGCGUCUGAGAAAUGUUUGCCUUAAACUAAUUAUAGUUUAAGCGUCUGAGAAUGAAAUUAUGAUCUGGCCUUAGACUAAGAAUAGCUAAGAGCGUUGUUAUGAUCUGGCCUUAGACUAAGAAUAGCUAAGAGCGUUGUUAUGAUCUGGCCUUAGACUAAGAAUAGCUAAGAGCGUUGUUAUGAUCUGGCCUUAGAUUAAGAAUAAUUUAAGAGCACUAUUUGAUUAAUAUCUGAAUUGAAUAAAAUGUGUUGAUAUGAACUGAAUAAUACCAAAACUGUGAAUAAUGAGUCAAGAAUCGACCCAUGGUCAGUACGUUCCGGAGCCGGAGCACGUGAGCGUGCACACGGUGAACACCGAGGGUUCGAGUUUCACGCCUCCGGGUGACGGAAGGCAACAGCAGAAUCAACCUGAGCCAGCGGGACAACCACCAGCUGUACCACCGCCAGUCGUACCACCUCCAGUGAUGCCACCGUUGGUGAUGCCGCAGGUGGCCUACGAGCAGAUGUUCCCGGCCAUGAUGGCCCAUUAUAUGCAGCACAUGGCGCAGCUUAUGCCCAUGUUCCAGCCACCGCCACCACCACAGCCUCAGCCGCGCAUUGUUACCUUCAAGAUAUUGAAGGAUAAUGGAGCGGAAGAGUUUCGAGGAGACAAGAUGGGGGAGCCCCAGAUUGCGUUGGAUUGGCUUGAGCAGAUGGACCGGGUACUCAAGAAUUUGAGAGUCCUUGAUGCAGAUCGCUCGGAGUUGGCGUCACAGAUGUUCCGGAAGGGAGCAUAUGAUUGGUGGAAGCGCAUUGACCAGGAUCCACACACGCCCAAGCCAUGGACCUGGGAUCGCUUUGAUCAUGCCUUCAUGAAGGAGUACGUCCCCACCCGGUACCGCGAGGAGAGGCGCGAUGAAUUCGUUGCGCUUAAGCAGGAGGGGAUGUCACUGCCUGAACUGAGACAGAAGUUCGACUACCUGUCCCAGUAUGCGACGAGUCUGGUCUCCACUCCGGAGGAUCGUUUGAAUGAGUUCGUCAAGAAGCUACGGCCGGACUUGAGGCCGUACGCCGCGCUGAUCACGACGACAGAUUUUAAUGCGGUGUAUGAUUUGAUUGUGAAGACGGAAAAGAGCUUGGACGAUUUGCAGGCAACUAAGAAGGAGGAUCGAGCGACGAAAGACCCGCGACCCGCGGCCAGCACCGGGCUGAGCGGGAAGAGUUUUGGAUUCGGGGGAAGGAGGUACGAGAAGGGUUCUUUGAGUGCGCCGCCGCCUAAGAGGAGUAAGUCGAAGCCGUCUCUGUCGGCCGCCGCUAGCAACUCGAUCAGAACGAGGAGCCACCCGCAGUGUGUACAGUGUGGUAGGCAUCACCCAGGCGAGUGUUGGCUCGCCCAAGGCUUAUGUUUGGGUUGUGGUCAGCCAGGGCAUUUCAGGAGGCAUUGCCCGACAAACCCUAGCAGCGAGCCUGUUUUUCCUAGAGCUCCGGAUCAGCCUGCCGCAUCGCAUCCAGCACGGAGUCAGCAGUCUACAGCCGCAAAUAAUCAGCAGAGACCACGUCCGCAGCAGUCAGGCCGUGCACCAGCGCGUACCUACGCCAUGCAGGGGCGCACAGAUCCUAGUCCCGAUGUUAUCUUGGGUACGUUCAUACUAUUUGAUUCGGUUAUGCAUGCCUUAAUCGAUCCGGGGAAGCAAUUCCUUGCAGAUUUGAUAGAGCUACCACACAAGGAGUUUGACAUUAUCCUUGGUAUGGAUUGGCUCACCGAGCAUAGAGCAGUGGUCGACUGCAGUUGUCGGACCGUACGCCUGAGAGCCGAGGAUGGUAGCGACGUAUCACUCUCCGGGGAGGUGAUCCCCAAGGCUCCCGAGUUCAUAUCGUCCUUGAGCGCGAGGCGCUUGAUUCGCAAGAAGUGCGAGAUGUUCUUGUGUCACGUUCAGGAUAUGCGAAAAGAAUCACCACAUCCAACUCAUGUGUUGCCGACCAAUGCUGUAACCCUCGACGAGAGUUUGUCUUAUGAAGAAGAGCCAGUUAAGAUCUUGGCGCGCGAAACUAAAGUACUAAGAAAUAAGACGGUACCUUUGGUAAAGGUACUAUGGCGUAAUCAUGCGGUGGAAGAAGCAACCUGGGAGACCAAAGAAUCUAUGCGAACUCAGUACCCUCAUCUCUUCGACGACCAAUGACUGGGCCGCUAAUUGUUAUUGAAUAUUAUGUUGAUUGAUGAUUAUGGUAAUGAUUAUUGAUUGAUUAUUAUGAUGAUUGAAUCUUGAUGAAUAUUCUGAUUAAAAAUGAUAAUUGUGAAUGAUUAAAUCAUAAUGAAUAUAUUGAUGAUUGUGAAAAUAAAAUGUAUUGUUAAGGGUAUCUAGAAGACCUCUAAGAUAUACCCAUAUUAAUGUUGAUUUGAAAGGUUAAUGAAGUGACGUGAUCCUAAAGGCAGACGGAGGCGAGAUUGUCGGAAUGGAUGUGAUGGUUUUGAAUUAAAGAACAUAAAUAAAUUAUGUUUGUGAUUAUGAUUGUUAAGCUUCCGCAAUAUUGAAAACUCCGUACUGUUUAUAUUAUGAAAAAUAUUAUUGUGAUAAAUAAAAGUGUUUGAAAUGU